AUGACCGAGUUUUCUUUGGCUGUUGCCGAGAAGAAAACCCAGUUUUCAACCCUUUUGCUUUCAAACUUCAUGCUUUUCUGCUCUUACAUUCUUUCUAAUCCUCUCUAUUUCUCUUACUUCGUCUUCUUCUCUCCUUAUCUCUUCAAUAUUUUCUCUUUUCUUUCGCCGCUCUUUGGUACCACUUCCCUUUUGUUUCUUGCAUUAUUUACGGUAUUAAGGUCCCAAGUAGUUGACAAUGAAUGUGAUGGCUUACCAUGCUUGGAAGAGCUUGAAGCGUAUAAGAUCGUGUUUGAAGCUUCAACCAUUGAAGAAAUUAGAGAAAACCCAGAUGGGGUUUUAGGGUCGGAAGCCAUUGUUGAUUGCUUACAAGCUGUUGAUGAACUUGAAGAUGCUUCGGUUCACAAACCUGAAACAUUGACGACUGGUGCUUCUGAUGAAGAAUCAGGGGAGAUUUCACGUCCGGAAACUGUUCAGGUAAAUGCCGUAGUGAAGAUCUUUGAAGAGCUUUUGAAAGAAAAAGAUGCGGUCGAAAACUUAUCGUCUGAAAAGGGAGAAAAAGAGGAGAAAUCCGAGGCAAUGGGGAGCAAAGUAAAUGAUCCCGAGGCUACGGUGGGAACUAAAAAAGGCGGGGAGCUUGAAGACAAAGCAAUGGUGAAUUCCCAAAGCGUUACCAGCGAAACAACGGGGUUAAGUUAUUUGGGGUCAAUGAGGAAAGAAAAGGAAUGGAAGAGGACAUUGGCAUGCAAGCUUUUCGAGGAGAGACACAAGGUGACGGCGGCGACGGAUGGAGGAGGUGGUGAAGGGAUGGAUUUACUAUGGGAAGCAUAUGAAAGCAGUGAUUCCAAUAAGUCAAAGCUGAAAAGCGUUGGAUGGAAAGGAAAGAAAGGUGGCAAUGGCAUUGAUGAUGAUGAUGACGACGAUGACUAUGAGGAAGAGUCGGAUGGUCAUUUGUGCUGUUUACAGGCACUCAAGUUCUCGACAGGGAAGAUGAAUUUGGGGAUGGGGAGGCCUAACUUUGUUAAGAUCUCCAAAGCCCUGAAAGGGUUUGGGUGGUUGCACCAUGUUGGUACCACCAAGCAUGCCAAGAAAGCCUACUACUGA